AUAGCGCCCGAUCCCAAUUCGAAAGAAUUCAAAUUUCACCUUCCCUCUCUUCGAACCUUCGUUCCUCUCUCAAACCCUAAUUUCCAAUUAACGUUCGGAUCCGAAAAGUUUCUCGAGAAACAAACACCAAAUCUCGUUUUUCACUGGGAUCACUACCAUCAUUCUCCCUUUCAUACCAUAGAAUCAACAGCUGAGACUCAAAUUCGGCGUCUCGGCUCCGUUGUGUACAGUUUAGGGCCCUAGCGAGGCUACUCCAGCUCCCAGAGAGCAGAAAUAUGAAUUAUCGCAGCCAGAAUAAGCCUCCUCCUCGCAGUCCCUCAAAUAAAAACAGUAGCGUUGAUGGUACGCAUCACGACAAGCGGAGGAAAAUUGGGACGGCGAGGUUGGCUGGGCCAGUGAGUACAGGCCGAGGGAGGCAACCUUUUGCAGCUAUGCCCAACCGGCAGGAUGCUAAUUUGAAUGCGAAUGACUUGGCUGGGACUGAGGCUUCAGAGUGUGAGAGUGUGCAGUUUACUAAGGAGGAGGUUGAGGCAUUGUUGAAUGAGAAGAUUAAGGGGAAGAAGUUCGACCUCAAGGGGAAAAUGGAACAAAUGAAUGACCACAUAAAGAAACUUAAGCUAUGCAUAAAAUGGUUUCAAGAAGUUGAAGAAAGACAUGUCCAGGAGAAGGAAAAGGUACAGAAUACCUUGGAUUCUGUAGAGAGAAAAUGCACUGCAACAGAGGUGGCAAUGCAAAAUAAGGAGGAUGAAUUAAAAUCACUCAUUAAGGAAUUGAAGGAUACAACUGCUUCUUUACAAGAAAAUUUGACAAGGGAAGAAUUGGAGAAGUUGGAUGCAAUUGAGUGCCAUAGACGAGAAAAAGAAGAUAGGGUUGCUGCUGAAAAGUUGCAAGCAUCUCUAAGAGAAGAGCUUGAAAAGGCUGAGCAGGAGAAAGUAACUGCCAACCAGAGGGUAACAUCAUUGAAUGAUAUGUACAAGAGAUUGCAAGAGUACAACACAAGCCUGCAGCAGUACAAUAGCAAACUUCAAACAGACCUUGCAACAGCAAAUGAGUCUCUCAAGCGUGUAGAAAAUGAGAAAGCCACUAUAGUGCAGAAUCUGAGCACGCUACGGAGUCAUUAUACUUUGUUGCAGGACCAGUUGACUUCUUCCAGAGCUUCUCAAGAUGAGGCUGUUCAGCAGAAAGAAAUACUUUUGAAAGAAGUUGGUUCUCUUAGAGGAGAAUUACAACAAGUGAGGGAUGAUCGUGAUAGGCAAUUGGCUCAGACACAGGCCUUAAAUGCUGAACUAGUCAAGUACAAAGAAAGUACAGGCAAGUCGGUUGCAGAGUUAGAUAACUUGACCCUAAAAUCAAGCGCCUUGGAGGAAACCUGCUCUUCUCAAAGAGAACAAAUACGCUUAUUGCAACAUCAAUUAGCAGCUGCCACUGAGAAGCUGAAGAUGGCUGACUUAUCUUCUUUAGAAACAAGGACUGAAUUUGAAGAGCAAAAGAAAGCCAUAUGUGAAUUGCAAGAUCGCCUUGUAGAUGCAGAGCUUCAAAUAUCUGAAGGAGAGAAGUUGCGGAAAAAGCUUCACAACACUAUUUUGGAACUGAAAGGGAACAUUCGUGUAUUCUGUAGAGUACGCCCAUUGUUACCUGAUGAUGGUGCUGGAACAGAUAAUUCAGUUGUUUCUUAUCCAACAUCUGUGGAAUCUAAGGGCCGUGGCAUUGAAUUGAUCCAAAGUGGGCAAAAGCUUCCUUUCUCCUUUGACAAAGUAUUCAAUCAUGAAGCUUCUCAAAAUGAUGUGUUUGUAGAGAUAUCGCAACUUGUACAGAGUGCACUUGAUGGGUACAAGGUGUGUAUAUUUGCUUAUGGUCAAACAGGCUCAGGAAAAACUUAUACCAUGAUGGGCAUGCCAGAAUCUCCUGAACAGAAAGGGCUUAUACCACGGUCAUUAGAACAGAUAUUCCAAAGUAGUCAAUCACUCCUUGCACAGGGUUGGAAAUUUAAAAUGCAGGCAUCAAUGUUGGAAAUUUACAAUGAAACUAUUCGUGAUUUGCUAUCGGUAAAUCGUUCAAGUGGAUCAGAAUUGGCACGUGCAGAAAGUGGUGGUGUGGGAAAGCAGUAUGCCAUUAAGCAUGAUGUAAAUGGAAACACACACGUUUCUGAUCUUACCAUUGUUGAUGUCUGCAGUAUAAAAGAGGUCUCUUCACUUCUACAGCAGGCUGCACAAAGCAGGUCUGUUGGUAAGACACAGAUGAAUGAACAUUCAUCCAGGAGUCACUUUGUUUUUACAUUGCGUAUAUCUGGAGUGAAUGAGAGCACGGAGCAACAAGUACAGGGUGUGUUGAAUCUCAUAGAUCUAGCUGGAAGUGAGCGGCUUUCAAGGAGUGGGGCAACUGGAGACAGGCUCAAGGAGACCCAGGCCAUCAAUAAGAGUUUAUCUUGCUUAAGCGAUGUCAUUUUUGCAUUGGCAAAGAAAGAGGACCAUGUCCCAUUCAGGAAUUCAAAACUGACUUAUCUUCUCCAGCCGUGCCUAGGAGGAGAUUCGAAGACCUUGAUGUUUGUGAAUAUAUCCCCGGACCCUGUGUCACUUGGUGAAUCGCUUUGCUCCCUUAGAUUUGCUGCCAGAGUAAAUUCCUGUGAGAUUGGAAUCCCCCGUCGCCAGACAUCAACACGACCAUUAGAUUCUCGGUUGAGUUAUGGCUGAAGCUGCCGACUUAUUACCCUUGUUGUUUUCCUUGCAGCAGCUAUAACUCAUACUGAUGUAACUGUUAUGUUUAGGGGAGAAGAUUUCGGACAUGUUUGUUGUAAGUUUUAUGCUCUGUUAUGUUUUUAACUGGGUGCCCUCCAAAGUGCAGUUUCCAGUUUUUCGCUGCCAUUCUUGUGCAUGGAAAACUGGUCCUUGAGAUUUGCAUGCCAACAUUCUUCCAAAAGUCUUUGGUGAAUGUUAAGAUUGUAAUAGGUGGUAGCUGAUUGAGUUUGAAAGGAGACUGAUUGUUAUAACCAACUAAUCAACGAUUCGUGUGUAUUUUACUUUUCUAAGCUAAUUAAAGCUUUCCCUUUUGGGAUCAAUUUGCAAUUUGGAAG